CUCACUGAGAAGCAAUGGGUGACGCCGAGCGCCGUCCGGCUGCGGUUUGCGCUCCCGUCGGCAGAGCACGUGCUCGGCCUGCCGAUUCCAGGCCACGUCAUGGUCAUCGACGACGCGCAGAUCUACCGGCCGUACUCGCCGGUCACGGUCGACUCUCAGGCGGCCGGCUACUUUGAGCUGCUCGUGCGGCACUACCCGGGCGGCGAGAUCUCGACGCGGCUCGCCAAGAUGAGCCCGGGCGAGCGCGCCCACUUCCGCGGGCCGGUGGGCAACGCCUUUGAGUACACGGCCAGCGCCGCGCCGCGCCGGAUCGGCAUGGUCGCGGGCGGCACCGGCGUCACGCCUCUGUGGCAGGUGGUGCAGGCGGCGCUGGCGGACGAGGAGGACCGGACGAGGCUGAGCCUCGUGUACGCGAGCCGCCGCGCGGACGACAUCCUCCUCCGCGACGAGCUCGAGCGGGCCGCCGCCGCGCACCCGGACCGGUUCUCGGUAUGCUUUGUCGUGUCGGAAGGAGGCGGCGCGCCGGCGGGCGGGGUGGCGGGCCGGAUCGACGCGGCGGUGCUGCAGCGGCACCUGCCCCAGCCGUCGGAGGACGGCAGCGGCGUGCUCGUCUGCGGCCCGGACAGCAUGCUCCGCGCCCUC